GAGCCCAAUGGAGAAGAAAGGGUGACAGCAUAAGCAGAAGGAUUAGAGAUCAGGAAAAGGUCAAGAAUGUUGGGCGUAUCUCCAAGACAGUCAGGAAUACGAGUAGGGUGUUGCUCUAGGUCAUGGAGGAUAGCAAAGUUGUAGGCUAGUUCACCAGGAUGGUCAGUGAAGGGAGAGGAAAGCCAAAGCUGGUGGUGAACAUUGAAGUCUCCAAGAAUGGAGAUCUCUGCAAAAGGGAAGAGGGUCAGAAUGUGCUCCACUUUGGAAGUUAAGUAGUCAAAGAAUUUCUUAUAGUCAGAGGAGUUAAUUGAGAGGUAUACAGCACAGAUAAAUUUAGUAUGAGAGUGACUCUGUAGUCGUAGCCAGAUGGUGGAAAACUCGGAAGAUCAAGAGCAUGGGCACGAGAGCAGGUUAAGUCAUUGGCACAUAAACGCAGCAUCCAGCUUUGGAUCGAAAAUGAGGAUAGAGAAAGUAGGAAGGAACAGAAAAGGGGCUACUGUCAGUUGCCUCAGACACCUGGGUUUCAGUGAGGAAAAGAAGAUAAGGUUUAGAAGAGGAGAGGUGGUGUUCUACAGAUUGAAAAUUAGAUCUUAGACCGCGAAUGCACAAGUUAAUGAAGAAAAAGUUGAGGGGGGUGUCAAGACACUUAGGGUCGUCGACGGAAAGGCAGUCCGACCUGGGGACAUUUAUGGUCCCCUCACCAGAUGGGGACUCCGAGGCUGGUGUAGGAGUCACCAUGAUGAUUUUAAAAUUUUUGAGUGAAUGGUGUGUGUGUUAUUAGGUGCUUGUAGUUUUGUGUGGAGGAAGAGAGUUGUCUUUAGAGGGCAGGCUGUGACUGCCCCCUUGUGUUGUGAGACACAAAGGGAAACGUUCAGUGAGGUCACAUCUGGCUUUAAUGAUAAGUUCACAGCACCCCCUGAACAGUGCUGCACACCUCACUGGGAGUAAUUAUCGUUUCGGCAGGUGUCUACUGCCUCCUCCAGCUCACACACAGAGGCACGCUGACAGUGCUGCCAGUGUGUCGUGGCAAGGAAGAAAGGGAAGGGACCCUAAAAGAGAUGAAAAAGUCCCUUGUGCACGCCUGGGAAGUACGCCUGAGGGAGUUUAGGUGUUAAAUUAGAGGAGACAUGUUGACCCCGUGCUCUCAAGUAGCUGAUCUGCGGAAGACGUCACAAGAAGAAUAACAACAAGAUCAAGAACAAGAUCAUCGUCAUUGUUGCCUUGUUUACCUUUGUCACAGUGCUCCUCCUCCUGCUGUCCGUGUGUAUGUGUGUCUGUGUGUGCGUGUGAGCCUGCCUGUGUGUGUGUGCGUGUGUGUGUGCGUGUGUCUUUUGAAGGCACCUCUCAGGCCGCUGCUGUCUCCUCUGCCUGAAAGGAAGGAGAACAAUUCGUGACAAACAAAUAAAGGAAGGAAGGAAGGAAAGAAGGAAGGAAGGAAGAAAGAAAGGACAGUGUUGAGUCUCGCAGGUCACGCCAGCGUCUUGUAAACUGUAAAUUUGCUUGCUUCACCUGGCAAUUGUGAACCACCAAGCAAAAACCAAGCCAUCCUAUUGGUCAACAGGUGAUCACCAUCAGCCCUCCCAUUGGCCCAGAGCUUUGUGGAUUGUGAUUGGACGGCUGGCUGGCUGACCUGACCUGACCUCAACCGAGCCAACAUGAUUUACAUUUUCCUUGUUGACACUGGCACCAUGAUGACCUUUGACAUGAACCUGGCACUAGAGAGUGUUGAGGUGUUGAAAGGUGCAAUACACAAUGCUGUCAAGGUGCCCACAGACAAACAGGCACAGGUGGAGGGGUGUCUCAACAUGCCAGCCACUUACAACGCUGUGGUGGCGCGGACACAGUUAGCACAGCAGUUUUACGAGCACACUAGUGAGGUCACCAGAACGUGUCGCCAACUUGUUCACGACCAGCAUCUGCAGCAACAAGGCUGGGCAGCAGUGGUGGCCAACUUGGAGGACAUUGUGGCAGCCUUCAGAACAAGACAUGACGCAUUCCAGCAAAAUUUUGUGGAGUAUCUCAGUGGCCCAGAGGAGAAGGUCGCCCUGCUUCAGUCUUUUGAAGAGGACCUUAAGCUACUGGCAAGGAUUCCAGUCUUCCCUGAACUCUUGGGGAAGACACAAGAGGAAGAGGAAGAGGAAGAAGCUGGGAAGAAGAGGAGGACAAGCACAGCACAGAAGAAAGAGGAGGAGGAAGAGAAGGAAGAGGAGGAGAAGGAGGAGGAGGAAGAGGAGGAAGAGCAGGAGGAGGAGAAAAGAGGAGGAGAAGGAGGAGGAGGAGAAGGAGGAAAAGGAGAAAUGAGGCAAGUGUCACUGCUGGACUGGAUCAGCGCCAAGGACAGCCAAAGUGACGUCAGACAGAUUGCCCAACUCUGCUGCAGGGGACUGGCUCAGAUCAGUGAGGGGCUGCUGGAACAAGUGGGGCAAGAGGUCAGCGCUGUGCUUCGAGAGGCAGACCGGCCACAGAUGAAGGAGGUGAAGGGGCUUGGUGAGCGCCUGUGUGGCCUGGAGCAGCUCAUGCAUGAUGCUGCCUUCGUGGUGCAGGAGCAGAGCAAUUUCUCACAGGCUCUGUUGAAGAACCAGGACAGGGCAGGGAAGGUGAAUGACCCAUCUAUAUUCCCUGACCUCUGCACUUCACACCGCAAGAAUUUGAUGCACAUGUUGAAAAACCAUCAAAAGCUGCAAGACAUCAAAAGGAGAUGCAUCAAGGCAAAGGAAGAGCUGUCGGAGAAUUUGUACGUUAGAUUGAAGUGGAUAAUGUAUAUAGAGAGGCGCCUGUACGAGGCGGACACGCGCGUCUCCAUGCAUCAAGAGAGUGUUCGGCGCCUGGCUGGACUCCUGCAAGUGGUGGAGCAGAUUCACCGCACCCCGAGGGUCUAUGCCGCAGCCGUCACGGAGGUGGCUCGCCGGCACGCCUUCUCCAGGGCCUUCCUGCAGUGGGCGUCGGAGCUGAGCAGCCAGAGUGGAGAGGUGUGGAGGCGCGAGGUGGAGGCAAGAAGAGGCUUUUCCCAAGACUUCUCCACCCACUUCCUAGCCUCUCUCUUUCCUGGUAUGGAAGAUCUGCCCCCUAAUUUUGCAACCUCUCUACCAUCCCAGUUUGACAUGGCUCUCCCUAAGGUUACCAAGGAAAAUAUAGAUGAAUUGAGAAGACUGCUGCCAGAACUUUCUCACUGUCUGGUCAUUGGUGAGGUUCUGGCAGUUCCCCCUCUGCUUCGCCAUGUCACAGCUGGCCUCAACACACAGGAGGAGAGGAGGAGGAGGAGGAGGAGGAGGAGGAGGAGGAGGAGGAGGAGGAUGAAGAACGAGGAGCAGGAAGACAAGGAGCAGGAGGAGGAUGAGGAGGUGAAAAAGGAGGAGGAGGAAAAGGAAGGCUCCAGGAGAUUACAAGACAAGCACACAAGAUUAUGAGGUG